UGCUUGUGAACCGAGGCUGUUUGGUUUUUGUUGUGUCCAGCAGCAGUAGCUCCAAAAAAUGGAUCAAAUAAUAGCGACGGAUAACCUGGAAAUGCGUCUUCAGGCGCUAGAGAGUCGUCUAUACGGCGAGAGAAGAAACAAAAGUGGAAAACCCGUCAAGUGCGCUGAGUCUUUGGCCAGGAUCCAGGCAGGUCUGACCAACACGGCCAACAAGAGAGAACGAGUGAAGAUCCUGCACAAGAAGAUCGAGGACCUGCUGAAGUACCUGGACCCCCAGUUCACCGACCACAUCACUGUACCUGACACCAUGAAGCUGGAGUUCAUCCUUGCCGAGGAGGACUUCCUGCUCUCCCAGGCUGCUUUGCUGGAGCAGGUUAGCACCCUGCAGCCGCUGCUGGACAGCACCUACAUCAGAGAUGUACCAGAACACGCCACCAAGCUGCAGCGGCUGUCACAGAUCCACAUCAAAGAGCAGGACCAAACCGAGGCUCAGUCCCAGGAGGUGAAGAAGCUUUUCGAGGAAUACAACAAAAUGAUGUUCCUGCUGUCCAAGCAGUUCACCCAGUGGGACGAGACCCUGAGGAAGCUGGAGGAGGCCAAGGGCAUCCGUCCUGUGGAGUAGCUGCUGUCAGCGCACACACUUCUGAUGAGGAAGGUGAUGAUGAAGAGGACCACACUGCGGUGGGAGCGUUACAUCAUCAGACAGGUGUUCUCAUAAAGUCACAACAACAGUGAGACGAAAGGAUCAAAACAUUUUCAAAUUGAUAAUUCCCUCGUUUCAUGAUAUUGUUGGAUUAAGGAAAUUAUCCACUCAAGCAGAUUAUCUCACUGAAAACACAGUUGUAAAUCAAAACAUCGAGGAAUUUAAUACAAGCUGAAGUGUCCUGUAAAACUGGUCUUUUUUUGCAUAGAUGGAGAGAAAUAUAGUGCAUAUUAACCUUUUCAAACCUGGGCAAAUUGUCUCAAGAUUUUUUUUUAAACAUGGGAAGAAGGCAAUUAGCAGCUUAAGAGGAAAUUAGCA